AUGAUGGACAGAAAUAAAGACGAGCUAAAGCAAAUUUCCUCACACGUAAAUAUAGACAACAAUAAAUUGUCAUCAAAUGGUUCACUGAAAUCUCACGAUAUACCUUCAUUAUUAUCGCAUAUGUAUAUUGAUCAGAAGAUUAAUUCAUUGAACAAUAAAUUUAAUUAUUUGAAGCCAUAUUUAUCGAAAGGUUCAAAAGGAUCGUUGCCUUACACACUUAAUAUACCCGAGUCAAUACCAGAGGUUCCAGUUUCACCACGUCGUCAUUCUGUAUCAUUUAAUCUAGUUGACAGUCAUACAGAAAAUUCUCCGCAUCAUCGACGUUCAAGUUCAUCUCUACUGGAUAAUAUCAUUGUUGAACCUGUUGAAUUUGAAAGAUGUUUAUCUCCUUUGAGGGCAUGCGAUUUAGCUGCACCAUGCAGUGAUACAUUCGAAGAAGUUCUGAAAACACUUGAAAAAGACAACCGUGAUGAUCGUUACAGCAAUGAUGAAUUUAUAGGUUAA